UUACUGUUUAUCGAAUGUACUUCACUCAUUUGAAAUGUGAAUAAACAAUCAUUUCAGAGAGAUCAAACCGGAUAUUUUUCCGAGAAUGUAGUUACGAGCGGCGAACAACGUGAAAACGAUAUUAUAGGUUGUGAAGAUGUGUGAUGCAGUUUUAAUGCGAAGCGCACAGCCUUUAACUGGACCGAGUAUAAAACGCUGCCGAGCAGAUGAGGCUAUUUUGAAUGGACUGCUGAUUCGGAGUACAAAAGGUUUUAUAGUAGAUACAUGGGGUAAAGGCAAAUCCAAUACGGAAGUAGACCAACACUACUCGUUAUGGAAAAAAGUAAAUCGGUCAAUUGGGAAUGUUUCUUCUCCUUCGUCAAUAUUAGAUAGUUUUUCCAAAUUAAUGGAAGCUUGUAACGAUACAAAUUGCUCCACUGAUAAAUGGCUGUCUAGAUUAGAUAAUUCUGGCUGGUUAUCAUUAGUAUUAAACUCUUUAAACGCCGCCUGUGUUGUAGCUCAGUGUUUAGAUCAAGAAGGCAGUCCUGUUCUGAUCCAUGGUGCUAAAGGACUCGAUUCUACGCUUAUAGUCACUUCACUAGUACAAAUUAUAUUGAAUCCUGACUGUCGAACAGUUAGAGGAAUUCAAGCCCUUAUAGAACGUGAGUGGAUACAAGCUGGGCACCCAUUUGCAACCCGACAUCGAUAUGGUUGCUAUGCACCCUCUCAAAGUCGACCUAAAACGGCAGGUGCAUCUUUUCUUCUUUUCCUCGAUUGCAUUUAUCAAUUGCACUAUCAGUUCCCAUGUAGCUUUGAAUUUUGCUCUCAGCUGCUAAUUGAUUUGUUUGAGCAUAGUUACUGCAGUCAAUAUGGCACAUUCCUGUGUGAUUCAGAAAAGGAGCGGGUAGCAGCGCAAGUUUACAGGCGAACUACGAGUUUGUGGUCAUAUUUAAACAGGCCGGAAAUAUUGGAUACACUAUUGAAUCCGCUUUAUGAUCCCAAUCCAAACGUGAUUUGGCCAUCAGUAGCGCCUAUAAGCAUAGAAGUUUGGAACGAACUUUACCUACAUUGGCAAAUAGAUCAGAUGAAUGCUAAAGAAAAUAGAGAAAGGAUAAAGGCGUUGGUGACACAGGAAAAAGAGCUGAGGAGUGUGGUAUUAAAACUACGGAAGCAAGCAGCAGACUUAGAAAAGGAACUGUUGGAGCGGCUAAAGUUGGAGAAAGAAUCGGAACAAGCAGAACAUGAUGAGAAAAAUAGAGAAGCGAUCAAAUUAGAAGACCAUGAAGAAGAAAAAAUCAAAAACAAUCAACAGUCUACUGCAUUACCACUUGAAUGAAUUAUUGUAAUGGGGCAAAGUCAAUUUGUACAUUAUUUUAGGAGGCCGCAUGCCUUCAUCUCGAGAAUCAGAGCGGAAGACGAUAUUUCACUUCGGAAUAGAAGCUUGUAUUGCACAGCGAAAAACAAUGCAAUAAGUCUGCAUAUUUCAUAUUCUUUCUUUAACUUUUACGUUUUUAUUGUCUAUGAGAGAAAUAGUUCUGCACCGGAUUUCUAUUUCGAUUAGACGGGGUUACAACCCCCCUUUCAAAGGACAACGGUGGAUGAUUUUAAGUUGACAUAAUGAAAUGUACCAAACGCAUUGCUAAAAAUCAAUGGAAACCUUAACCAAUAUACAAUCAUCAUUUCACUGUCAAUUACAUUUUGCAUUUGCACAUUAUUCGUUUCA